AUGUGGAUUAUCAACUGGUUCUACGAUGUCCUCUCAUCGCUGGGGCUGCUGAACAAGCACGCCAAGCUCCUGUUCCUCGGACUCGACAAUGCCGGAAAGACGACAUUGCUGCAUAUGCUGAAGAACGACCGUGUUGCUAUCCUGCAGCCUACUCUUCACCCCACAUCCGAGGAGCUCGCCAUUGGCAACGUCCGCUUCACUACCUUUGAUCUCGGCGGCCAUCAGCAAGCCCGCCGCAUCUGGAGAGACUACUUCCCCGAGGUCAACGGCGUCGUGUUCCUCGUCGACGCCAAGGACCACGAGCGAUUCUCCGAGGCCAAGGCCGAGCUCGACGCGCUCCUGUCGAUGGAGGAGCUGUCCAAGGUGCCCUUCGUGAUCCUGGGCAACAAGAUCGACCACCCCGACGCCGUCUCCGAGGACGAGCUGCGACACCAGCUGGGCAUGUACCAGACGACGGGCAAGGGCAAGGUGCAGCUGGAGGGCAUCCGGCCGAUCGAGCUCUUCAUGUGCUCCGUCGUCAUGAGGCAAGGAUACGGCGAGGGCAUCCGGUGGCUGUCGCAGUACGUCUAA